UCAGUAUAUAAUUGUGGGACGGCACUGACUGAUCGCUAAGUUCAACAUGAAGUUUCUGAUCGCUCUUUUGGCUCUGGUUAGCGUGGCUACCGCCGCGACAUUCUCGCGUCACGUCAGUGCGACACCGCUGCACGUCAGGGUGAUGCAAGGCGACACGACUGCGACUGCGACCGACGACAAGCGACAGACCGACGACAGUGAACUGAACAGCGUGCUGUACAUGUUCGGCGUUGGAACCGUCGUUGGAGACUCUCAGGUAGACAAUAACGACCAAAGCAACAACGAUGUGAACAAGGAGCACCACACCAAGCACAGGGUAGUCGUUCACCAUGACGACGGUCCUCACCAUGGCAAGAAGGAGCAUCACCAGAAGGAAACAGUUGAGAAGCAGGAGCAAACCACCACCGUUGAGAAUAGCAGCGAGGAGCAGCAGCAGUCUUCCGAGACCCCAGUUCUCGGUGACGUUAAUUCCGAUGUUGAGACCGAACAAGAGAUUGAGGAAGUAAUCAGCCAGCUGAAUGCCCUCUUCAACAUCGACAACAACAAUCAACAGGAGACCGCCGUCACCAGCAAACAACUGGACACCGUCAACACCAUGGCAGUCAACAGCAACAUCAACGUCAACGGAGCCAAUGGCAUGCCAAUGGUGUGCCAGUGUGUGACUGAUGUUAACGGAAACAACGUCAACUGCAACUGUUACAACUCCAAUGUUAACUACAACCAAAUGAGCAGCUCAAACGGUAUGGAUGACAUGAAGAGAGACAUGCAGAAUGUCAACAACGACAUGAAGAACAUGGAGGCCGAGAUGACCAACAUGGAGAAGAACAUCAACAGCAUGAACUACAAGGCCAACAAUGUGAAGGGAAACAUGGUCGACAUGAUGAAGAGCAUGAACGCCGGAGCCAGUGUUGACAUGAUCAAGAGCAAGAUGCAGAGCAUGAACAGCAACAUGGAUGAGAUGGAAGCCAACAUGAACAACAUGGCUAUGAACAUGAACCGCAUGAACGGCAACAUGAACCACAUCAACAUUGACAUGGGCAGCAUGAACCACAAUGCCAACAACAUCAACAGAGUCAACAACAUGAUGAAGAACAUGAACAACAACAUGAACAACAUGAACAACAACAUGAACAAGAUGAUGAAUGACAUGAACAACAACAUGAAUCACAUGAUGAACAACAACAUGAAUAACAUGAACAACAACAUGAACAACAUGAACAAGAUGAUGAAUGACAUGAACAAUAACAUGAAUAACAUGAUGAACAACAUGAACAACAACAUGAACAACAACAUGAACAUGAACAACAACAUGAACAUGAACAACAACAUGAACAUGAACAACAACAACAACAUGAACAACAUGAACAUGAACAACAACAACAACAUGAACAUGAAUAACAACAACAACAUGAACAUGAACAACAACAACAUGAACAACAAUGCUAUGGAUAACAUCAUUAGUGAGAUGGUGUACAUGAACAAGAAUGUUAACGACAUGAACGGCAAUAUGAAUGUCAUGAACAUGCAGAUGGGUGAAAUGAGCCAGAGAAUGAAGAGCAUGAGAUCAAUGAUGAACUACAUGAACUUCCUUGUCAACUCAAUGAAAAUGAACUCCAACAGUAUGAUGCACAUGAUGGCAAACACCAUGGUUGAGAUGAAUGGACAUGUGAACAAGAUGAUCAGUAUCAUGCACAACAUGUACGACCCAAUGACCGACAUGACCAGCGAUGUCAACAACUUUGUCAAACACAUGAACAACAUGAGGGAAAUGAUGAAGAAUGUAAGCAUCAGUGUGUACGUGAAUGGAAACAACAUGAACAUGAACAUGAAUGGAAACAACAUGAACAUGAAUGGAAACAUGAACAUGAAUGGAAACAUGAACAAUAACAUGAACAUGAACUGCAUGAACUCAAUGAACAACAUGAACUCAAUGAGCAACAUGAACAACAUGAACUCAAUGAACAACAUGAACUCAAUGAGCAACAUGUACCCAAUGAGCAACAUGAACAACAUGAACUCAAUGAGCAACAUGAACAAUAUGUACCCAAUGAACAGCAUGAACAACAUGAACACAAUGAACAACAUGAACUCAAUGAGCAACAUGAACAACAUGUACCCAAUGAACAACAUGAACUCAAUGAGCAACAUGAACAACAUGAACUCAAUGAGCAACAUGAACAACAUGUACCCAAUGAAGAACAUGAACAACAUGAACACCAAUAAUGGUGUCACUGGAUUGAACAAUUAAAUAGGAAUUGCUUCAAUUUAAAAUUAGGCUGUUAUUUUUAUUUGAAGAAGAUAAUCAAAUAUACUAUAUUAUUCCAUUACAAAAAUAUUAGACUAAUUUUUAACUCUUAGCCACAAUAUGUGAAAUUUCCUUUGAUUAAUCCUGUAUAUUCUCAUAAUUAAUGUUUUUUGUUACGUGUCAUUUUAGCUAUAGUGAGCAUUAAAGACUUUUCAAGUCUAAAAGUAUUAUAAGAGCACAUUGAAAGCUCAAAAUUACGUAUUUAUAAGACUUCCUUAAGUCAUAUUCAAAGUAUUAUCGAUGCUCAAUUCAAUCUACAAAUUCCACAUGGAAUUAUAAGUUGGAUGAAAAAUAAAAAUUACCUACAUUAGGUUGGACUGACUUCUAUCUCAUUGUUUUCUUUUGAUAAAUUCAGCUCUAUGGAUUACUUUGGUUGAUUUUGUCAUUAUUAUUUGAAGAAUUUUUAGAUACUUUCUUAGAUUAUGGAGUUGAAGUUGUAAUUUAAAAAAAUGUUUGCAAUGAAUGUGUGUACUUCGUAUUGAAUGAAUAAAGCAGAUUUUAUUAUUAUUCAAA